CAUUGUUGAGGUUUCCAAUUUGCAAGAUUCAUUUUCUAUCUUCUUCUUUAGUUCUCUGAUCAAGAGAAAAGAAGAAGAUAGAAAUGGAGUUGCCUUCUUCUCUAAAGCCAUGCUUUCUUUUGCUCUUUGUCUCCUGUCUUCUCAAUGUUUCCACCAUUAUCUCGCAGUCAUUAAAACAAGAAGAUGUGCUUUUUGGAGGGAACUUUCAGGCUUUGUACGUUAUAGGAGAUUCAUUGGUUGAUUCAGGGAACAACAAUUAUCUUUCGACGAAAGUCAAAUCGAAUUUCGCACCUUAUGGUUCUGACUUUGAAGGAGGCAAACCUACCGGCCGUUUUAGCAAUGGCAAAACUAUUGCUGAUUACAUUGCUAUUUAUUAUGGGCUUCCUCUGGCUCCUGCUUACAUGGGAUUAUCAGAAGGACAAAAGAACAAUAUAUCAACUGGUAUUAACUAUGCUUCUGCUAGCUGUGGGGUUUUCCCAGCCACAGGAAAGCAACUCGGAGAAUGUCUCUCAAUGGAUGUCCAAGUCAAUUAUUUCAAAGAAACCAUCGACAAGAAUUUGAAGAAAAGGUUUAAGACGAAGCAAGAGCUCAGUAAACACUUGGCCAAAUCGUUGUUCAUGAUUGCUAUCGGAAUUAACGAUUACGUUUUCUUAUAUAAUAAGACAAUCGAUCCAAAUGAAUUCGCAGACAAGCUUCUUCAUGAAUAUAUGACGCAAAUUCAGAGAUUGCAAAGAUUAGGAGCAAGGAAGUUCUUCAUCAACAACCUUAAGCCACUAGGAUGUUACCCAAACACUUUAGCUCGUAACGUGCCAAGUGGAAGCUGCAACGAAGGUGCAAACCUUCUGAUUUCCAUUUUCAACACCAAGCUAAGGAAAGCCCUGGCUCAUUUCAAGGAAAAGUUAGCCUACACUUCCUUCUUGUACUCAGAUUACUUCAAAUUCAUGUUGGGACUUAGAGGACCUUCAAGCAAUCAAGCUAGUUCAAAUCUUAUGGACUCGACGAGCCCAUGUUGCCCCAGCGUUUAUGAUGGAGGGCAAUACACAAGCUGCACGCCAGAUUCGAUAGCAUGUAAGGUGCCAGAUUCACAUAUUUUCUUUGAUCCAUUUCAUCCGACUCAGAUGGCGAAUUUCAUGUACGCGAUUGGGUGUUUCCAGGAGAGAAGAGUUUGUAAGGUUGUGUGAGAUUCAGUGUCUGAUUACCCUUUUUUAAAUUGAAAAAAAACUAAUGUCUCCAUGAUGAUUGUAUCAAUGCCACUCACCUUUUUUUUUGUUUUUGAACACCAUAUCAAUGCAUAUGUAUUCGUUUUUGAUCAAAUCGCUUAAUGAAAUCGCUCCAAAAAUCAACACCAUUUUUAUGGCCCCGUUUAAUGUAUUAGGAAAAUCAUAUAAAGUACAUACAAAGCUUCAAAAUUUCGAAAUAAGGGUAAACAUGUAACGAUUAAUUAAAAGGCGUUGCAGCGUAAAAGAAACUACAAAAGCAAAUUAAGCAACAAAGCAAACAUAUUUCCCUUUUAUAUUAGAGAAAUUGGGACUUAUAUACAAACAUAACUGCUUAAUUUGCAUGCAUAUACUUUUGUCUUUUUUGCUUAUGUGUUUUUUUUAAUCACCCUUCUACCCCUAUUCUUCGAAUACUACAACCUAAAACCAAUAUCCCAUCUCUCUUCUCUCCUCUUUCCUUUCUCCUCUCUUAUCUCUUUCUACUAUGUCGACAUAUUUCACCUCUCUCAUUUUAACUCUUUCUUUAAAAUUCUUAAAUUUUCUAUGUUUCUUAAUCUCUCAUCUCUUCCUCUUUUCAAAUUUAUCAAGUUCUCUUCUUUGCUAUUGCCGUCACACCGUUGCACCAUCUCACCGUCACAUCGUCACGCCAUCACACCAUUACAUCUGUUCAAGCUUGCUGUCACAGAAUUACCUCUACUCUGCUCGAGCUCACCGUCACGCCGUCACCUCACGCUUGCAACAGCUCGUCUUCAUUCAAUAUGGUGAGGAAUGAUAUAGGAUGCUAUAUAGGAGGAAGAAAAAAAAGAGGAGAGAGAAGAAAUAAAAAGAUGAGAGAGGAUGAAGAGGAAGAACAGAAGAACAGAGGCUUCCGGAGAUGACGACAGACGAAUGGCCUGUCUGUUUACUAUAUGAAAAAUCAUAUGUGGACAAAACUGUAGUUGGUCUUUCUGUUUGAUAUAUGAUUAUAGCCGGAUAACUAUAUUGCGCUGAAUGUAUUUUUUUCUUUUGAGUGAAGCAAUAAACACUACAUUAAUUACUCGAAA